GUCCGUCCUCCCUGACACUGAAUCCUAUUCAACACCGGGAUGAAUGAGGAGCACUCCCCCAGCCGCUGCCAGUGAAGAAGUGUCCAGAUCUCACAAUGCGCCGAUGCGUCCACCUGUCGGGGAGGAAACCCGGACCACUGUAAGGAAGAGAAGAGUGAUGGCAUCAUGGAGUUUUUAACAUGAGCUCACACGCGUUCCGUGCGCGAUGGUCGCAGUAAAUCCUCCGGCCAACAUCGCUGCGUUGUCAUCGAAUAACAGCGCCGGACAUCAGCGUCGGUGCCGUAAGGUGCGCCGCGCGUAAAAGGCUCAGUGUGCAGCAAAUACCCCCCAGAAACACAAAGAUGAUCUUGUUUCGCAAAUUCAGAGUGUUGAUCCUCAUGGUGUUCCUGGUGGCGUGCACCAUGCACAUCAUGAUAGACUUGUUACCGAGGCUGGAGAAGCGGGCGGACGGAGGAGCGGACGGCGGCGGCGGCUGCCAGUGCGCGCAGCACCCGGCCGGGGAGGCGCAGGGCUGGGGCGGGCAGCAGCAGCAGCGCACCCGGUCCGCGGCCGAGGCGGGCUGGCCUCACAAGCACACGCUGAGGAUCCUGCAGGACUUCAGCAACGAGCCCAGCUCCAACCUCACGUCCCACUCCCUGGAGAAGAGCACGGCCGCCGGCGACGGAGCGGACACCGGCGGGCGGACGAGCCCGGCGGCGGCGGCGGCAGCGGGGAAGGCGGAGGACCGCAAGCCGCUGAUGGGGGAAGCGAGUGGGGGUCGCACCGUGCAUGCUCACGGGGUCUCCAGACUGUCCACUGUGUUUGAGCAUCCUUUGUACAAGGUUGACCUUCCUCCCCUCACGGAUGAUGACACUUUGUUUAACGUCAACACCGACAUCAGGUUUUAUCCAAGAGCGACAGGGAACCAAGGAUGGCACAAUGAGGACGGGAACCAAGAGGAGGACGAGUUCCCCCCCACCGGAGAGGUGACGGCCGAGUCGUACCCCAACUGGCUGCGGUUCCACACCGGGAUCAACCGCUACGAGCUGUACGGCAGACACAGUCCCGUGCUGGACGCCCUGCUGAAGGACCUGGUCACACAGAGGAUCACCAGUGUGGCCAUGAAAUCCGGAGGCACCCAGCUGAAGCUGAUCAUGACUUUCCAGAACUAUGGACAAGCACUUUUCAAGCCCAUGAAGCAGACCCGGGAGCAGGAAACGCCUCCAGACUUCUUCUACUUCUCCGACUUCGAGAGGCACAACGCUGAGGUCGCUGCUUUCCACUUGGACAGGAUCCUUGACUUCCGAAGAGUGCCCCCGGUGGCGGGACGACUUGUCAACAUGACAAGAGAGAUCAGAGAUGUGACACGCGACAAGAAGCUGUGGAGAACCUUCUUCAUCUCACCAGCCAACAACGUCUGCUUCUACGGCGAAUGCUCUUACUACUGCUCCACUGAGCACGCUCUGUGCGGGAAACCGGACCAGAUCGAAGGCUCGCUGGCGGCCUUCCUGCCGGACCUGAACCUGGCCAAACGCAAGACAUGGAGAAACCCCUGGAGACGCUCCUACCACAAACGCAAGAAAGCAGAGUGGGAGGUGGACCCAGAUUACUGUGACGAGGUGAAGCAGACGCCACCGUAUGACCGUGGCACUCGACUGCUGGACAUCAUGGACAUGACCAUCUUUGACUUCUUAAUGGGUAAUAUGGAUCGUCAUCAUUAUGAAACUUUUGAGAAGUUUGGAAAUGACACUUUCAUUAUUCACCUCGACAACGGAAGAGGGUUUGGAAAACACUCCCACGAUGAGCUGUCCAUCCUGGUGCCCCUCAGCCAGUGCUGCAGGGUGAGGAAGUCCACCUACCAGCGUCUCCAGCUGCUGGCCAAGGAGGAGCACCAGCUCAGCUCCCUGAUGGAGGAGUCUCUGCUGCGUGACCAACUGUCGCCUGUCCUCAUCCAGCCUCACCUCCAGGCCAUGGACCGCAGGCUCCGGCUGGUGCUGCAGGUCCUCGCGGGCUGCAUAGACAAAGAGGGUUCCGUUAACGUGGUGGAGGAGGAUUUAGUCGGGGACACGGCCACGCGCAGGAGCCGAGGCCACAGGUAGUGAGGCCGUUGCUCAAGAGUGACCGCCAGUGACACAAUGGACAAUGUGCCGCGGUGGUCUGUGGCUGUCUGACCAAUGGGAUUGGACCAAAAAUCCCUCCUCUGAUAUCAAGCUGAAUUCAGUGAAUUCCAAGACUUGCCAUCAUUGCCUCUAUGGAAACUUGUGUUUGUGGGAGAAACUGUCCACAGACACAAUGGAAGACUGUGCUCACACGGAGGCUUUGUAUUUGUUAGAUACAGAUGUAUUUUUCUUUGAUCAGAUGUUGUAUAAAGCGCACAGGAGCCACUGCUGUGUUCAGAUUUUGUCCUGUUUGUUUUGAAUAUGAGGGUACCAGCUUGUUUUUAUGUGUUUAUUAUGUCAGUGCAUAACCAAAUGAGAAAUUACACUGACUGGGCAUCUUAUGGCCAGAUAAUAAGCUUUAUCUGUUAUCACGAAGGUUCCGGUUAUAAUUUUGUUUUAAAACAUGUCAGAAAGGAUAGUUUUCACCUCCUACUGUAAACUUCAUCAAGAGGAGAAGUUAAGGCCGAGUACAAAAACAAACUAGGGAAAAAGGGUUUUUAAAGGUGGGUUUUCUUUAUCUAUUUUUUUGUCUUGGCACAGACUUGGACUUUUUAAUGUCUCUAUAUUUCUGAACAGCAUAAAUAGGAGUAUUCUUCUCACUGUUCAAGCAGUACCAUCAUUUUGCCUUAUUCCAAUUUUGUAUCCCCUUUUUUUUUCGUUUUCACCUCUCCUGCAAGUUGAGCUUGCACAUAGAUGCAGUACAAACAGCACGACACUAAAAUAUCAUUUUACAAGCCAAAAAACACUCUUACAUGUGAAGAAUGGAGCCCACACUGAUGGGCUGGUUAGUGGUCUUUAGAUGCUAUGUCAGUUCAUUUGAAUGCACAACCUUUCUUACCUGCAGGCCUCAAACAUUUAGUACUGUUGGGUAUAAUUUUAUAGAUUAUUCAAGGCAAAAUGUUACAGUUUGUAUGUUGUUUCAUUUUAUGAGAUUUCAUGUCCAAAUGACUAUUUAUUGGUGCGUUACAAGGACUGAAAGUGGAUUAAUUAAUUGUUGGUUAUGGGUUUGAUUCAAGUUGCUUUAUAGGAAACUAUAGAGGAAAUAUUUAGCAUUUGGAUAUUAUUUAAAUUGGGUUAAAUUGGGUUUUGUUAUUUUUAGAUAGAACACUAAGCAGUUUAGAUUUGGGACAUUAAGUUGUAGAAGUGGUGCCAGUGCAAUUUUCAGUUUCCACCAAGGGUCCUGUGUAUUGGCUAACCCGGUACCUGUGCAAUGACAGAAAUGGAGUACUUGAAUGUUUUUUGGGUUGGCAGUACGGACAGGAUUCACAGAGCUACAGACAGUGUCGAGCCUGGGAGCUGGACUCAAGCCUGCUCGGGGGUUGAUGGAGGGGUUCAAAAGCCUCGUCCCACCACAGGGAUAACCUCGGGAACAGUUUUCAUAUUCGCAGUGUAAAUACCUAUAAAUAGUUUGAAGACCUGACAACCUGCACCGCACAGUGAUUCGCUUCUGUUUUCUGCUAUUGCAUUGUUACUGUGAAGAUCUGUUUACUAAAUGAUUAAAGUGUGCAAUAAAAACAAAA